AUGGAUGUCGUCAAGUCCCGCAUCCCAUACAGCCCAAAGACUGCUGGGUCAGUGCCAAAGUACAACUGGGCAUGGCCAGCUCUAGGCACCAUUAUGAGGGAAGAAGGUUUCGGGGCCCUUUAUAAGGGAUUCACUCCUAAGGUGCUAAGACUUGGUCCCGGUGGAGGAAUUCUACUUGUUGUUUUCACCACUGUCACAGACUUCUUUCGGAAGUUGAGAGGGGAGUAA